GAACAGGUGAAAAUUUUCUAUGAUACUUUACAAAACGAGAUCCUUAGAGAACCAUUGAACAAAGACUUCAAGGAAAGGAGCAUUAUUGUGCCAAUUAAGACUGAGCACAAGAGAAGCUUAGCUAAUGGUGGACUUGUUAAAUUGAUCAUAGACUGGUUGAAACAUAAUGAAUUCUUUGAUGGCAUUAGUGAUCCCCAAAACUUUGCAGUUGCACCAGAACCUCAAAGCAUAUUUUCUUCGCCAAAAAUGGAGCUUAAAGUACAAGCCACUUCAUCGCAGGAACAAGAUAAGUGUCGUAAAAACGCAUCUACAGACGAAGAAGGACUUAAUUCUUUAUCGAAGAGUGAAAAGAAUGAGUCCAAGAUUGAUGAGGAAAGAGAUAUGACCAACGAAAAAGCAAUUGUCCAUAUCAAUGCAAACAAUGAAACAAGCGAAAUUCAUCCCCUUAAAGAAGAGUCUGAUAACAAUCUUGAACAAAUAGAAAAUGUGAACAGUUCAUCUCCUUUGCUUUCCGUGCCUGAAGGCAACGUUCAUAAUUCUUUGCAGCAAAGAAACAAACCCAGCGUGGUCAUUAGAAUACCUGAAGAGGAUGCAAAAGUUACUUUUUAUAGACAACUGGCAUUUAUCGGUGAUAGUUUGCAAAACCCCCGAGGAUGAAAAAUUUUUGAAUCACGAUAGAACUGUAGAAGCUCAAUAAAAGGACUCCAAGACACUAUGUCCAUAUGCAUAUGUCAAAUAUCACAGGCCAAGUGCAUGGAAAAAUAUCAACAAAGCAACAAUGCUGACGAAUGUCAUGUUUAAUGAAAAAGGUGUUCAUAAUUUAUAAAAAGAAUAUAGCUAGGUUUUUUUUAACAAACGGUACAAUUCCUGCAAUUUCAUCUUGUAUAAUCUAUUAUUCCUUUCAUUUUAUCUUGUAUAAUCCAUAAUUUCUUUCGUGCAUGAUCCUAAACGGUGAACCAUAAUUUAUCAUAAUUUUGUGUCAUACAUGCAUGUAAUAUAGAUUUUACUUUAGCAUUAUCAAAACUUGUUCUCUGUGCAAUAGUAAAAAUUGCAGAUAAACCCAA